AUGUCUUCCAUCACUGCUUCGUUCCAAGGGGCUGUUAACUAUAUUGCCGACGCUACCGGUUUAAAAUUCCAGCAAAUUUUCGGCACCUAUCUCUUCUCACCCUUCAAGACAGGCACCUCUAUCACUCGCCACCCUUCGCAUACAGCCACACAAACGCAGAGGGCGGAUGGAACUGAGGACGAGGAUCGAACAGAAGAUGCGGCUAAAGGGGUGAACAUGGCCACACGAUCGCAACGAAAGUGUGGUGAUUCCCUCCUCCAUUCGGUCACAGGAGACGAAAUCAAAAAGGGGACUACUCCUCGUACUGAUCAUGAAGUCGGAUUCAGUGACGAUUCCUUCCAAGAUGUUGGGAGCGAAACAAACAAAUUGUGUCCUCAACACAGUGAAAGGUACGGAGCGCUGAUGUUAACGAGUUCGAGUUCGAGUUUGACUAGUGAGGUAGAGUGGUUAGAAGCACGUACAGGAAUCAUGGAUCAUGCACAGUCUUUGAGGUUAGGGGAAGGGAACCGAGGGAGAGCAGAACAGGGGAAGUUAGGCGAAGUUAGUCGAGAGAGGAGUAGUAUAGAUAGUUUACAGAUCGCUGAACUUCUUCAGCGAUCCUUGAUUGUUCCGAGGUUCGUCGACCGUCGGUCUAUAAGGAAGAAGUUGCUCGACGGCCGUGACAGUAUCAAGGAUCGCUCUUACCGACGACCCGUGCGAACCUCGGAGAAGUACGAAGAUAAUAUGGAACCGGAAAGGAGAAUUACGCGAGGCAUGAGUAGGGGUGAAGACAGGAUGGAGGAUAAUGAGAGGAGAGCAUUGGAGGAGCUUAGAAGAGCGAUGGGACAGGACCUUGGGGUGGAAGAUAGCGUAGGGGGGUCAGUUCAAGGAGAUGAGUCCGUUCCACCAGUACCUUCUAAUCCUCCUACACCUAUGGCCGAUAUUCUCCCACCUAUUGGAUCCCCAAUGGGAUCGGAUCAAACCCCACGGCCAGAAAACACUGGAAGUGGGACGAACUUCGGAGAAGGAGGGACUCAAGGGGUGAUGUUAGCCUUGGUGCAGAUGGUGGCAAAUAUGAACAAGGAUAUGAUGGAGGAGAGGAGGCGUAGGGAGGAGUGGGAGCAAAGAAGGAAAAGGGAGACAAAAGAAGAGAAGAAGUGGGAAAAGGGACAACCUUCGGCGCAAGUUGGUGUCCAAGCGGCCAUGACGUCCACGGUGGUAAGGAGUCCGCCGCCGAACAUCGACGAAGUUCGCCGAAAAUGGCCUAGGCCGAACGCCGACCUGAGGGAGACAAGGAGGAAAGAGGGGAAGUGUACGGAGUGUGGUGAAACAGGACAUUGGCUGAAGGAAUGUCCUGUAAGGGAGGCUAAGGUUAAGGUUGGACUGUUGCCUCCAUGGGGGGAGAAGUUCGGAGAACGUGGUGGAGGAUCGGGAGGGAACGCAGUACCUCUCGGACAGAGGAGGAACUUGAAUGCGGUUGGAGGAGAAGUAGAUUUGGAAGAGGACCAGGGAAAAGAAGAGGACCUGUCGCAGUAG